AUGCGGUCAUAUGCUACGCAACUGAUCCAGGACAAAGAUGGGUACCUCCGCGAUGUGUUUGCAGAUGCCACGAAACUUCUUGUUGCUAAACGGGGAGCCAAUCCUUUUGCCGGUGCGAAAUGUCUCCCCCGCCUUAUUCCAUUCCGCGUAUGGGAACUAGAUGCUCCGAGAGCCCAAGGGCUUUAUUUUAAUCCUAAUUCUGAUGGCCCGCAUCCCUGCAGUGUCAAGUUGACAGCUAGACUGAAUGGCCGUCCGCCCGUCAUCACUCGCGUUUGUCAAGAGUCGCGCAUCGUUGCCCACGAAUCAGCCGGUGUCAUUCUAGAGGACGAUGACGACCCACCGACUGACGUAUCUUGGGGCUGUACCACAACCGAUGGCUAUCCCAAUGAUUUCUGGAUAGACCUCAGACGAGACUCUGCGCAUAUUAAUUGGCAUCCUCUUUACCAAGCAAUUUACCAAGAUGGCGAGGGUAGUGCAUUGGCCUGUAUUGCCUGGGAAAGUCGCUUAUUGUUCGGCCGUCGCUCGACAAUGCGCGAGUGGUUCUCCUUUCCGUGCAACCAGGAAGCAGAGAGGUUUGAUGUCUUCGAACAGGUGCCCAGCUGGUGGGUCAUUAUGCGUGUCGUUGUUAUUCAUGCUAGCUUUCAGGAAGCCGCACACUCUGGUUUGUUUGGAUUGCUAGGUGACGUGACGGUACAAAUUGUCUCUGUAUCCGACGAGGAGAAAUUCAAUGCUUCUUACGCCUUCGCGGAGGAAAAAGAUCGCCAGAUUUCCCCUAUUGAGGGGUUUAAGCGGGUUCUCGGAAGUCUGGAAGCAGGAACUGAAAGACGACAUUCUCUUCGCAAUGGGAUCCGAAAAGUUAUUAUCGAAAAUGUAUCCAGCCAUCAUGUUCCGUCUUUGCAUAUGGAGGUGUACUUAGCCCAUCAAAGAGCGCCUAUGAUCUGA